GUACACUUCCGGUUGUGUCAGACCCGCGUGACGCAUGCGUGCUGACGGGGAGCGCGUGUUGCGCGCUGCGUUUCCAGAGACGCUGAUUACUGAGAGAGACUGCGCACUGCUCCACACUGCUCACUCCAGCCGGACAGAUUCACGACAACCGACACUGUUCUUUUGGGAGCAGUAACUCAGAGGAGAGCUAGAGUACUACAGUGACAUCCACCUACUGACGUUAGGGGAUGGCGGUAAACGUUUACUCCACAUCUAUGACCAUCGAGAACCUGAGCAGACAUGACAUGCUGGCUUGGGUCAACGACUCGCUGCACCUCAACUACACCAAGAUAGAGCAGCUCUGCUCAGGUGCGGCAUACUGUCAGUUCAUGGACAUGCUGUUUCCCGGCUGUAUCCUGCUGAGGAAGGUGAAGUUUCAGGCUAAACUGGAGCACGAAUACAUCAACAACUUCAAAGUGCUGCAGGCGGCCUUCAAGAGGAUGGGCGUGGACAAGAUCAUUCCAGUGGAGAAGCUCGUCAAGGGGAAGUUUCAGGACAACUUCGAGUUUGUUCAGUGGUUUAAGAAAUUAUUUGACGCCAACUACGACGGGAAGGAGUACGACCCUCAGUUGGCAAGACAAGGCCAAGACAUCACUCCUCCGCCCAACCCAGGUGAAGUCAUUUUCCACAAAUCCAAGAGCUCCUCCAGAGCGCCAGGACCCCAACGGACGUCACCGACGGCACCAAAAACUAUGCCCGCCCCCCCGCGUGCCAUAAACUCCACCCCCUCAACUGGAAUAAGGCGGACCAUCCCGAUGUCAAGGAACGGAGGCGGCGACGCCGAGAUCAUGGAGCUCAACCAGCAGCUGCUGGAUCUGAAAUUGACGGUCAACGGUUUGGAGAAAGAGAGAGAUUUUUACUUCAGCAAACUCAGAGACAUUGAGCUGGUGUGUCAAGAGCACGAGAGCGACACGAACCCCGUCCUCGGCAAAGUCAUGGAGGUCCUGUACGCCACAGAGGAUGGUUUUGCGCCCCCGGAGGACGAUGAGAUCGACGAACAGCCACGAGACCAGGAUGAAUACUGAUCUGCAGUCCCGUCUUUCUCUCUCACUUCAUCCUUCCUCCAUGAUGUCUCUCUUUUUUCUCUCGCUCUUUGACACUCCAUCCCCCACCAGCAGACACCAGGGGCGUGCUGUGAUAGGCUAAUAGACUGAGUAGGGGUGUGUCUGUGCUAAUGAGAUGUGAAUUUAUGCAGUGACACUGAUGUUUUAUUGGCUGUGGGUUUUAAUUAAGAGUCCAGAUGACUCGAGCACUGAACCUGAAACUGCAUGAUGAUGCAGUGACACAGUCACACACACACACACACACACACACACACACACACACACACUGAACUUUUGCAGUGCUGAUGUAGCCGACACACACAGCCAAGGUUAUUGACUAACAGUUUUUUAUUUGAACUCCAAUCAGCUAAUUUAUUUGAGAGUUUGAUGCUGAUGUCAUUUAUAUAUAUAUUUAUAUAUAUAUCUCUUUAGAAGGGUUUUUAGUUUCAAUGAAUUAAGUGGAUAGUGUACGGAAACCGAUGGAAGCUUGUUUCCACCAUGGAAUAAAAAAUAAAUAGGUAAUUUAUUCUAGAAUUCAGAAUUGAAUGAUAACUUGCAAUUACAAGAAAAUAUUUAUUUUAUUCUGUGGCAAAAAAAACAAAAAAAAAACUAUGGAAUCUUGUGUUUCCGUCACUGAAUAAAAAAUAAAGAAUUUUUUUAAUCUCACAA